CCCAUCCCAGUACUACUCUCUAGCACUGUACCUCACUCUGUACAGUACUCAUCUACCCAGAGGUCUAAAGGCCAGACAGGAAUUUUACAGAAGAAUCAGGGUAAUCUUAUUUUUGUCUGGUGAAAAAUGAAAUUGGCUAGAGUUGUUGUACUAUUAUUGACUAUUGUCUGGGGAAUCACUGCUACUCCAGUCGGGCGUCUCUCUUGUUAUAAAAAGAUUCUCAAAGAUCGGAACUGUCAUAACAUUCCAGAGGGAAUGCAGGAUCUUUGGCCAAUGAAUAAAAAUCUGCAGGACCACAUUUGGGAAGGCACAGGAUGUGAUAUGGUGUGCUACUGCAAUUUUAAUGAGCUGCUCUGCUGUCCAAGAGAGAUUUUCUUUGGGCCGAAGAUUUCCUUUGUGAUUCCUUGUACCACCCACUGAUAAACAAAGCAAACAUUGUGCAGGAGGAAGAGAAUGCCUGGUACAGAAAAUGUGACGUUUUCCAAUAAAAUACUCUCACCUCUUUGUUACUUUGUGUUGCCCCCAGCGGAAUGAUCUGUUUGUCUCCUUUAUUCAUUUUUUUUACCACACUAUGAUUAUGAGGACAGGCCACAAAAAGUUAUUCUGUUUACCAAUACGAUGAUUAAUACUAAUUCUAUGUGCACUUUCACAUUUGUGAAACAGAGCUGCUAAAAUUAAAAAGAUUUGAAUUCCCAA